AUGACAGCCCACACGGUUCGGUCUGAGACUUCAACAAAGGCUCCUCAAACACCUCACAAAACAGAUUGCUCUACGGAAGUGGACGAAAAAGGAGCGUUGUGCGAAAGCUGGGCCCGAGGUGGCUUGUGCCACUCUCAUCGUCCGACAAUGCUCCUGAUCUGUCGCAAGACCUGCCUUUGCGGCAGCGGAUUGUCGCGAUAUUGA